AUGGACUCCGAUAACAAGAUGACCACCGUCGAUUGGGACCAAGAUCCAUUGACAUUCACCUUACCUCCGGAAGCACAGAUGCUCAACCUGCGUCUGCCCAAGCAGUCUGGCUCAAGGGCUCUCUUCACUGUUUCGGCCGUACCCUUCUACUUCACCAUCUGGGUGUUGGUGUACGUCUUCUUCUCCUUGCCCAUCACAUCACGUCUGGAGUAUCUUGGCUCUGCGACGCAGUGA